AUGGCCCAAGACCAAGUUUACGCCCUUGUUAGGACCACGUACCCCGAUUGCUGGGGCGCCCCCUGCGUCGACGAGAUGAGGGCGAAACUCACGGGUCCCACUAACCUUCGUUUCGAGAUGACGGACGAAGGUCCCUGCCCCGUCCACGGGCCGAUCGCUAAGAAAGCUGAGACCGAAACUGAGGCUCGGGCUCAAAAGGCAGAGCCAGAGGCGAACUCGGGCUCGAAGCAGGACGCUCCUGGUGCUGGUGCUGGUGCCGGUGCCAGUGUUGCUGCGAGUGCUGAUCCCAGGCUCAACAUCUCCGCCGAAGCCGCGUCUGGCGAAAAGGAGGAGUAA